AUGACAUCUCUGUUUCAGUCCUGGAGGUACGCUCUCAGGCGGAAACCCUCUCUCCCGAGGACCUUUCCCAGCAUUGGAGCUCUACUAAUUCCAGCUGAAACACUCUUCGAAGAGGAGACCUUACCGUUUUACGAACCUCAACAGUAUUAUCCGGUUCAUAUUGGUGAUGUAUACCAAUCGAAGUACCAAGUCGUUGGCAAGCUCGGUUAUGGCGCAUAUUCCACUGUAUGGUUAUGCCGAGAUCUUUGCAAAUUUCCCGAUGCAACCCUCAGAGAAUUCAAGAUCUACGAGCACCUUUCAUCUCUCGUUUCCAGUCAUCCAGGUCAAUCUUUGAUACGUGGACUUUGUGGCACAUUCGAGCUCCAUGGUCCAUCCGGCAAACAUCAAUGCCUCUUGCAGCCGCCCAUGCAUAUGAGCCUUCUUGACAUGACACAUAUAGCCCGCGAGCCUUUCAGCCUCCCUCUCCUCAAGAUGACACUGAAACGACUUUUGACUGCCCUUGACUUCCUCCACACUGAAGCUCAAGUCGUCCAUGGAGAUCUGAAGACCGAUAACUUAAUGCUCAAUGCCGAAGAUCCAACCAUGUUGGAGAGAUUUGAAGAGGCAGAAAUCAAGGAACCCAGCCCUCGUAAGUUGAUCGAUAGUUCAAGAACUAUCUACAAGAGUCGAUGUCUUCCGACGCCAAGAGACGACAAGUAUGGCCUUCCAAUACUUUGUGACUUUGGGGAGGCACGAAUUGGGGAGACACAGGAGAGUGGCCCCUUUGUUCAGCCACACAUUUACAGAGCCCCUGAAGUGAUCUUCGAGAUGCCAUGGGGCCCUCCGAUCGAUAUAUGGAAUCUUGCCGGUUUGGUCUGGGAUCUCCUUGAGGGCGAGCAUUUAUUCGGUCGUAUAUUCGACGACAAGGGCCAACAUGACCCCUUCCAGCAUAUUGCAAGCAUGGUGAACCUAAUUGGGCAGCCUCCGACAGAGUUUGUGAGAAGAAGUGAAACCACCGAGCAGUGCUUCGAUGCAAAAGGAGAUUGGAUCGCUGAGGAGCAUGGUAGAAUAACAGCAGCUUCGUUAGAAGAUAUUGAAACACGUCUUGUGGGACAAGAGAAGGAAGUAUUUCUCAAUUUCAUGCGAUCAAUGCUGAAAUGGCUACCCGAGGAGCGGUCUUCCGCGAACGAACUACUUGACGAUCCCUGGCUGCAGGAUUAA